AAUCAGUAUGAAGAAUAAAUGUGCACUUUACCAUAUUUUACAGUCGAGAACUACAUUGACCAAAGCAAAGAAAACUCGGAAAGCAGCACUUCAGGAAGCCAACUUAAAAUUGACCUUCGUACCUGUCGUCUUCAUAGUAUUUAGAUUUUGGGGUACUCUAAGAUUUCUGCUGGGAUUUUUUGCUCACGAUUAUGCCAGUUCUGGAGAUUCCAGAUGGAUUGCCAUACUACAAGGAAUUGGCGACAGUAUUCAAGGUUUUGCAAACUUUGUGUUUUACGUUUGUCUAACAGAACAAGUAAGGAAGAGAAUAUUUUCAACAAUUCGAUGUAAAAAGCCUGAGACUGCACAGACCACGUUCUCGGAGACUGGUCCAUCACAUUCCAGGAUUGGAACCGUCCAAACAGAGCACUGUAAUAAUUCAAUAAGACCACAAUAA